AUGAAGUUUGCGACAAGUCUAUAUCAAUCUGUCCGUCCAACAUUGGGAAGCCCUUUCAUUCGACCCCUGGAGCUUGUCCGCUGGGCUCGCUUCCAAGCAUUCGAGGCGGAUUUUGAUCCUGAAGAGUUGGAAAAGGCAAGAUCAUGGCACAAGUCCUUCAACGGUAGCCAACUCCCCAAGGGGCAAACGACUUAUGCCCGAUCCAGUGGCCCGGGUGGUCAGCAUGUCAACAAAACGGAGAGCAAAGCGGUCACGGUUUGGCCUAUCAAGGACAUCUUACCAGUCUUGCCCAAAUUGCUACACCAAGGCAUCAGGGCAUCAAAAUAUUACACAGCUAGAUCUGAUUCUCUGACAUUCCAAGCUCAAACGCACCGCCAGAGAGAUGCCAACUCGGAGGAAAACCAGCAAAAGCUCAUCGACGAGAUCAAGAGGAUAUAUCAAGAGACAGUCCCUGGCGAAACAAGUUCUGACAAGAAGAAGAAACAUGCUGAGAUAGCAAAAUCAUUCAAUGAGGGACGACUGAGGCAGAAAAAACAAAUGAGCACCAAGAAGCAGAAUCGACGUUCUUUUGACUGA